AUGUCGGAGGUGGCCGACCGUUACUUGGAGCAGUUGUACACGACGGUGGAAACGUUGCGUCGCCGGGCAAUCGCCUAUUACGACGGCGUUUUUCAUAUCGGUAAUUGAGAGAAAUGCGUUUAUUUUGGUACAGUUUUAUAGAAAAAAUACAAGGAUUUUUUCAAAAUUUUUGAAGGAUCAGAAUGAUAUAUGUUAUUUUUUGUGUAAUUGACCCGUUCUUGAGAAUUUUGAGCCAGAAGUUGGUUCAGUUCUUGGUUUUUGACGUUUUUUUUGAUAACUUAUCACCGGAUUUUUUUUCUUUUGAGUGGUAUUACUAGAUAGAGCUCGGAAAGCUGGUCGAAAUAUAUUUUCAUACAUUUUCCCCACAUCAAUUUAGCAGAUUUUAGUACUUGUGUAUGAGAAAUAAAACAUUUUGAUUGAUUAAAGUUUUUCCAUUUUAAGGAGUGGAGUAGUUCUUGAGACCUCUUACCCAAAGAAUGACUCAUUUAACCUUUUUCCAGUAGAGAAUGAAAAAUGACGACAUUAGAAUUCAAAUAAAAUCAAAGUCCGAAAUUUCAAGGCGCCAGGAUCAGCAAAGCCUUCGAAAGAGCUAAAGAAAUCGCCGAGCCUGUCUCCUACGACGUUCGCGAUUAUGUGAGUAUUUUUCGAAUCAAAUGGCAAAACUUCGACCGGCAUCAAGCUUUUUUUUCCCUUUUUCCAUCUUUUCGUGAUCAAACUACAGCUUUUUUUCUCAGUUGGUCGUCGCUUUGGCCGAAUCCGAACCGGUGGAAAAACUCGAAUCGGAUGUAAAGAAUGGCCUUGUGGAGAUGUACCUCGGAGUUGCGGUAGUAGUCACUUAAGGGAUUAUUUUGACCCUUUCGCCUACAGGUGGUCCUCGUUGGAUUGUCAGGGGGCGAACUGUCGGGAAUCUACGCGCUUCCCUGGCUUCUUGAAGCGAUUUUCGAUUUUUACGUCGAACUUAUUGCAUUGGUCGUUGUUCCGACGUAUAUCUACCUGAAUUUCAAAAAGAAUUCGGGUUGGUAAAUUACAGAAAAGACACGUUCAAAGAUUUCUCUGUACCUGAACCUUUGAAGAGAAAAAAAAAUGAGGAAUUUUAGAAAUAAAAAUUUUAUAAUGAGAAAAAAAGGCGCAAAAAAAGUCUAAUGCAGCACAAAUGGGUUUUCACUUUAAAAAUUUGUUCAAUCCGUUUUUUCUUCGAACACGAAAAAAAAAACUCAAACUUAACUUCAAGAGAUGGAUUGAUUCAGACACUAUAUUUAGGGACCGCAGACGAAUUUUUCAAAAAAAAUUUUUUUCGAACUUCAAUAUUACGUUGGUUGGAUAGUUGCUCUAAUUUUACUAUUCAAAACAGUUUAGUUUUUUUCAAAAAAAGGUUGAGAAAAAGUUAUGGUCAAAACAGUAGUGAGAAAAAGUCGCGAAAUUUAGUACUGAAAGUUUAGAUUUUUACACUUUUGGUCGUUCAUUUUGUUUUUCAUAUCGGAUUUAAAUUUUUUUAGUAGUUUAGUUUGGUUUUCAAAGUCGUAAUAAGUCAUUAAAACAGUAUAAAACCACAAAUUUGAAAAGAAAAGCUAUUUUUUCUUGAAAAAUAAAAAAAAAUUGCCGCUGCGAGGAUUGAACUCGCGAUAUCAAAACUGUAUGCAAGCGCACUUGCGCUGCUCCACGUACAUCUCUCGGAGAUGAGAGGCGUUCGCGCUAUACACCACUUCACUUCAAAGUACAGCAAUCUUGUUUAAAAAAAAGUUAUGGUAGUUGAACAAUUAUUAGUCACGUGUGUUCGGACCACCUGAAAAUAAUUUAUUCAUAGAGAUUCAGUUCAAAAUGCUUCCGUUUUCGGUGUUUUUUCUUAUUUUAACGUUGGCUUCAAACUAACACUGAUUAAACUUUUUAGGCACCGCUAAAAAAAUUUUUAUUUUUAUUUUUUUAAUUGAUUGAAAAUUGAGAUACGCUAAUAUUUAAGAAAUGAAAAAAAGGCGCCAACGACAUCUGACCAUGUUAAAAUGAAUUUCGAAAUUUUGACUGUCUAUUUUUUUCUCAGAAAACAAAGUUUUUCGGAAUAAGUUUUAUAUUAAUAAAACUUUAGUUACAAUUUAAUCCACAAGUUAAAAUAAAAAUUUUUUUACUUACACGCUCUCGAAACCGAGUACAACAUUUUUCAACUUUGCGCGGCCUCACGAAGAUUAGGCACCGUAAAAAUUUUAAUUUUUUUGUUUUAAAAUAUUUGUUUUUGACUUAAGAAUCGAAUUCGAAAAUAAAAAAAAGCGCCAACGACAUGGAACUAGGUUAAAAACCCGAAGAAAAAAAGUAGUUUUGGUUUUUUGUACGACACUCCGCUAAAACGCUUCGAAAAUUGGGUGAAAAGUAUAUCAGAUUGAAGAGGAAAGUUUUCUCUAUGUUUCCACCAAAUUUCUCUGUGUUUGAUUCAGUAUUGCGCUUUUACGAAAACAUCAAACACAAAAUCUAAAAAACCAGUGCAUUUCACCAUCGCAAAAAGGGGCGUGGCUCUGCGGUCUCUAACUAUAUUUCUAGAUAUCUCCACUUUUUUCUUACACCCAAUGGUUUCUGUAGUAACUCCUUAAAUGAGCUCUCUGAAUAGUUGCUGAAAUUGAGCUCAUGCCAAGAACCGCCUCAAAGCUCAGUGCCGCGAAAAGUGAGACUGUUUCAAGUCCUAGAAGUUUGAGUAGACCUGUAAUUCUUUGUGAACCGACUUUUUCCUGUUUAGCGCUUGACGACACGGAAAGACGUACGAAUCUCUUCUCGGGGGCCAUGAUGGUUGGGAUUUUCCUCGGCCACCUCAUCGGCCCAAGGAUCGUCUCCAUCUCGCCGUCGACGCUCUUCCUUCCACCGCUUCUUUUUGCCUUGAUAGUGAGUUUUUCAGCCGCGUCGCUCAGCCGAGUUGCUUCAAUGAGAAUAAGUAUAGGGAACUUUUCCAUGUUUAGUCUUUCUGUAACUCAGAAUUUGAAUUGUCCGUAACGCUCUUUUGUUUAACGCGCUUCUUUCAAGUUCCUAUGAACUCGCUGGCAAGGAAGAAGAGAGUGCAGACAGGUGAGACUGUUUCAAGCGAUGAUGAAUGAAGUAUAGUAAUCAGAGAGCGAGCCACGUACUGAUCGUUUUCGAACGACAUAUUCAAAACCUGAUCGGAAUCUAUUUCAUUCAUCUCCACUUGAAACAGUCUGACCUGUCUGCGCUCUCCGAUUGGUCCAUCGCGCCAUUAGGGGCGGAGCUUGAGCGACGGCUUGAUAUUCAAAAUCUGAACAGACUAUAUCUAUUUUUCUAUUUUUUUUUGCUCAGGUUGAUCAUGAACUCCUGGUCUCGCCCUUGCCAAGUUAUGAUCGUCAAGUCUUCUUCUACAUGUUUGCCGCUGUCAUCUUGCCGAUCGGAGCACUUUUGUGUCAGUUUUUUUUAAAACCUCGCUGAAGUCAUUCACGUGGGAGUUUAUUUUGAAAGUAAUUCUAGCCGCUUUUUGGUUUGCAUCUGAGAGGAAUAAGACUAAUUCAUCAUUCUUCCACUAACUUACCUUGCUUCUAUUUCAAUGGCGCAAAGAUUAAAAAAAAAAACGAAAACGACUCUUUGACUCGAGAACUUCGUGAAUUUGUUAUGUGGUCCUUUAAAAAUCACAUAAAGAGGUUUGAACAUAUCAUUAAACGUCGUCGCAAGAAGUGUUUCGUUUUCAAUCUUUUUGAUUUUCAGCCACAAUUUCACUGGGAUAUUUCUCGUUCGGCGUCAUCCUUUUGACCAUUUCUCAUGUUGCCUUGCUCUACGUCCAUUUUCAGGUUUUUCUCGUUCCUUCUUUGUUUUUCUCAUGAUCAAACGAAUUGAUAUUUCAGGUCGUGAUGCAGCACAUCAAGGACAAGCAGUACAGCGUCGGAGGUAGUCAAAUAGCCUACAUUGCCGCUGUUCUCUUUCUUCAGGUUUUUUUUUUGAAUUUACAAUGCUUUAGUCCCAUUUGGAUAUGAUCGAGAAGUCGCGAUUGCUUUAAAGUUUGAUCUUAACCACUUGAAACAGUCUGGCCUUUUUGUUUCCUCUUCUCCCUCGCUGGCGAGGUCAUGUAGAAACAUGAAAAAAUAACAAUACGGCGCAGAAAAAUUAGAAUGCGAUGAGUUGUUCCAAAUAAAGUACGGAAGACAUAGGAGUGGAUGAAUUCAGAACGGAAAAAAAAGAAGACAUCAUUUUUCAGCUCUUUUUCACAUUGGUCUUUGGAUACAACCUCGAAGCCAAGCCUCGUCUUUGA